CGCCUCUCUCCGCAGCCCUGCGCUCGCGGAGCCUCCCUAUGGCCAGCUCUUUACGCGUCGCCGAGACCCUCGCCCACCAGGCUCGCUAUUGUGCGCGCGUGAUUGACAAGACCACGAGGCUGAGCGCGCCCGGGAGAUUUUUCUAUAAAUGGCUUAAAACCCUAGUCUAGACUAUUUACUCGGAUAUACGGAAGACAAUCGCCUUCUGUUCUUGGCUGGUGAACCCUGGCUCUGAGGGCUAACCUGGAACUUAACCAGUCUGCCCUCGGCCAGCGGUGGAGCACAGAAACCGCAGCGACCUCGGGCUGAGAAGAAAGGCGAGGGCCGCACUCCCACGGCGCUGGGUUCCGGGCUGCCGCCUGGGUGUUUGAGCUCCUUUUCCUGUUUGCUUGGUACCAGAGCCGAGCGCACGGUGUAAUGGACUGCAAUAACGGAUGCUUGGCGGAAUGUGCUGGAGAAGGAGGAUCAAAAGAGGUGGUGGAGACCUUUAAGGCCAAAGAUCUAAUCAUCACACAAGCUACCAUCUUAAAGCCCAAACCGGACCCAAGUAGUUUGGUGUUUGGAACUGUCUUCACGGACCACAUGUUGACAGUGGAGUGGUCCUCAGAAUUUGGAUGGGAGAAACCACACAUCAAGCCCCUUCAGAACCUGUCACUGCAUCCAGGCUCAUCAGCUUUCCACUAUGCGGUGGAAUUAUUUGAAGGGCUGAAGGCAUUCCGAGGAGUAGAUAAUAAAAUUCGGCUGUUCCGGCCACAUCUCAAUAUGGAGAGAAUGUACCGAUCAGCUAAGAGAGCAACUUUACCGGGAUUUGACAAGGAAGAACUUUUAGAAUGUAUUCAGCAACUUGUGAAGCUGGAUCAAGAAUGGGUUCCAUAUUCAACAUCUGCUAGUCUAUAUAUUCGUCCUACAUUCAUUGGAACUGAGCCCUCUCUUGGAGUCAAGAAGCCUACCAAAGCCCUACUUUUUGUCAUCUUGAGCCCCGUGGGACCUUAUUUUGCAAGUGGCACCUUUAAUCCGGUGUCUCUGUGGGCCAAUCCGAAGUACGUCCGGGCCUGGAAAGGUGGCACUGGGGACUGCAAGAUGGGAGGGAAUUAUGCUUCAUCUCUUUUUGCCCAAUGUGAAGCACUUGACAAUGGGUGUCAACAGGUGCUGUGGCUGUAUGGAGAGGACAAUCAAAUAACCGAAGUUGGAACUAUGAAUCUUUUUCUCUACUGGAUAAAUGAAGAUGGAGAAGAAGAACUGGCAACCCCUCCGCUAGAUGGCAUCAUCCUUCCAGGAGUGACACGGCAGAGCAUUCUGGACUUGGCACACAAGUGGGGUGAAUUUAAGGUGUCAGAGAGGUAUCUCACCAUGGAUGAGCUGACUGCAGGCCUGGAGGGCGGGCGAGUGAGGGAGAUGUUUGGCUCCGGCACUGCCUGUGUGGUUUGUCCGGUGUCAGAGAUACUGCACAAGGGUGAGACUCUACAUAUUCCAACGAUGGAGCAUGGUCCUAAGCUGGCUAGCCGGCUCUUGGAGAAAUUGACUGAUAUUCAGUACGGAAGAGAAGAAAGUGACUGGACAAUCGUAGUGUCCUGAUUGGAAAAUGCAGGAUCCAUCUGUGUGCUAUUUGGCGGACUGUUGCAUUUGAAUGAUGAUAGAUUUCUUUGGCUACAUGUUUGUAGAUAUGCUCACUGUAGUUUGUAUCAUCAAUGUGUUACCAGGGUGAUGGCUUCCUUGUGCCAGAGAAAAUCAAUUGCAAUCAUCAAAUGGUGUUUUGUCAACAUGGUAGCAGAAGCUUACCUUCUCUUAGAAAGAUGAUAAUGUAAGCCCCGCAUAGAAUUUUCCUCAAUAAUCUAGUGCCUCCCUCUGUACUUCACUCAGAUGCAUAAAUGUUUGUUCAUUCUUUAGGGUGAAUGAUGUUCUGCUCCUAAACCAAAUGGGUUUUUCUGUGUUUGAAAAAUGAUCACAGUAAAUUUCAUAGGCUUCUUCCUCGGAAAGCAUUUUGUUCUUUUUGAGUCAAGAUUUUGAAGCAGUGGAUCCCUCCCAUCAUUCUUUCUUAGAAAUCCCCCCCACCCAGAUCCGCCUUCCAGUAAGCCUCUCCAUUCUUCCUGGUGUUCACUCCAUGUGUGUUCACCUCUGUGACAAGAAGACGCACACACAUCAACGCCACUGCCCUUUCCACACUGAGUCCUCUGCAAUCUGUCAGGUUCCAUGAGACCAAGGGGCCCUGUGCCCUAAAGAGUGUUGUGUCCCUAAUGCCUGACACAUAAUAGUACUCCAUAAUUAGUGAAUAAGUGAGCGCUUAGCUUCUAGACAAGUGUACCUUCAGUUUCUACACUAGGAAAUCUUUUUAUUUGAAUUUGUGACGUGGUGUCUAUUUUCUUUUUAUUGCCCUUAUUUUCCAUGGAUGGCUAUGCCAUUAGGGAUACACAGAGGCACCCUCUGUUGGAGGAAUUACGUCUCAUUUGAAACUUGUCUUGGAAUGAAAUCAUGGUAUCUGACUCGCCAAAUGGAACAACAAGCAAUGAGUUUUAAAUGCAGAAUACAUCGCUUUGUUUAGUUCUUUGGUAGAAAGCAAAGAAGGGAGGGUGUCCUGGUUUUUGCACUCUAGUUUUGGAGGUGCUCUUUUCUAUAGAAUGAGGAUUGGCAGAAAAAGGGUAUGGGAGAGCUGUUAAUUACAGAUGCUACUUUCCUUGUCUAGAAGCUGUGACUCAAAAUUGGGUCCUAUUUUUAUCUAAAGGAAAUUCAAAUCUUGACAGAAAAUGUUUGCCCUUAGAAGGUCAACUCUCAGACAUUAUAUUUUGAUUUCCCUCAAUCCUACUGACUUUCAUCUUGCUGAUCAUAUUUCAUUCUCAGAGUAAGGGGAAAACAUUCAAAAGUUUGAUGCAUUGGUUAAAAAAAUCCUUGAGGCAUUUAGCAGCGUAUAGCAAAUUGGCUUUGAUUCUUUUCCAAGACAUUUAGCCACCGGGUCUUUUUAGACAGGAAUGGUAAAAUGAAAAUUAGGGAAGUAAAAGAUGAAAAGAAAUGGUAAAAAUACCUUUUAAGGGACUUUUAAUUGGUGAUUUGAAGUCUUGGGAGAAUGUUCCUUUCUGGCCUUAGGUAAUUUGUCCUCUACACAAGUUCACCAAGCACUAUUCAAAGGAGAGGCUUUUGCCUUGCCUAAAUCUUGUGACCUCGUUUUUUAACAUAGUCUAGAGAAGACUUCCAGGUAAUUUUAGCCUGUCAAGGAGCACAUAAUAACUAGAUUCACAUUUCUAUGAGAAAUGGAAACCAUUUGUUUGCCAUAAAUACAUUUUAUACUCUACAUCUCUAAAUUUAGUAUGGCGAGAUAUGUUCAUCGUAAAAGUCAUAGAACAAUAUGUCUAGACAUUGUCUUUGUAUGAUUUCUUUCCUAAACCCCUUAAGGGCAUUUUCAUCUCCUUCUCUUAGACCUCAUGAAGACUAAGGAUACACUUUAAAAAAACUGGAGGUCUCCUAGUGCAGAGAACACAAUCUGUCAUUCUUAUUUAAGUAAUAAGACAGGAAAUUGACCUUGACCUAACUUAUUAAAUAGAUUUAAAAGGAACAUCUGCACAUCUUUUUUCCUUAUGCACUGUUUGUUUAAUUGCAGUGGAUUAAUACAGCAAGUAGCACAUUAUAACUAGGCAAUUAUCCAUUCUUCAAGACUUAGUUAUCGUAACACUAAUUGAUCAUUUAAGGCGUAAGAUAGUCUAGCAUUAGGAACAUGUGAGGCUAAUCUGCUCAAAAAGAUCAACAAAUUAAUAUUGUUGCUGAUAUUUGCAUAAUUGGCUGCAAUUAUUUAAUGUUUAAUUGGGUUGAUCAAAUGAGAUUCAGCAAUUCACAUGUGCAUGAAUAUAAACAGAACUGGUGGCACUUAAAAUGAUAAUGAUUAACUUAUUUUGCAUGUUCUCUUCCUACUACUUUUUUUUUCAGUUUUUACAUCUCAGAGUUUGUCAGCUUUUACCAAAGGAUAUCAGUGGAAACCAAGAUUUUGUAAUGAUGUGUUCAGACAUAGAAAAACCUGUCCAUUUCCUAAAGAUAUUUGCUUUUAGAAUUUUGUUCUUGUUAGUCAUUUAUUAAUGAUUCUACUCAUGACACACCAGAAAAAGCAUGAUUUCAGGGCUGUGUCCCAAGGUCUCUCACAGAACACAGCUGGCAGCAAUGUUAUAUAAUAAACGGAUGGUUCUUGCAUUAGCCAUUGCUUUCAAAAGUACAAAGGAAAAGGUAAAAGGAAAAGAGAAAUGACUGAGAAAUUUUGUCACAAGGAAUCAUAUUUUUUUUCCUAAUCUGGUAAACACCAUCUAUUCUUUUUUUCAAAAGCCCCUGCAAGUCAGGUCCCCACACCUUUGGGGAAACCUACUGUAUACAUGCUGGGGUAAACUGCAUCUUACCACUCUGUUGCUUCAUAUAAUUGUUCUUAUAACCUUUAUAACCUGUCCUGCUUUACUCAAGUCAGAGCACUCCUGGACAUUUGAGGGCAACUGAUGGGCAUAUCUAGUCAUCAGAAUUGGAAGCACUUUUAGUCAAGCAGCAUUUUCAGUGUGUGUUAGGGAGGUUAUUGAUGUGAAAGAAGCUGGAAAAAUACGCCUAUUUAUUUUCUUCAUUCCAUUCACUAAAAAAAAAAAAAAACAACCUUC